AUGAGCGAGCUUCUGAACUACAUCCUCAACCAUGAGGAUGCAUUUCGAAGGAACCGACUCCCAUCACUCUACUCAGACUUCACGCUGCAGAAGAAAACAAAUCCUGAUGGCUACGCCGUGAACAUCGCCGCGUGGGAACAAGCUCUCAACAGAGCCGCCAGGCGGGGUUAUACAUCUUCGCGCGGUGUACGCGUACGCUCGAGCUCAAUUCUGUCACAUGAAGGUACAGCACCUAAACGAAAGAAAACCGAUCACCUUAUUAUUCGCACAGAUGAGUCGCUCCUGCGAGACUUGGAGCUCCCUGAGUGGGGCAGACCUGUUGCGCUUGGCGCGGUUUUUAAUAUCAGCAGUCUGAUUAUUUGUCUUCAGGAUGAAGCUAUGAGAAAGCACACUAUGGUCCCAUUGCCAGCAUAUAAAGCGAGUGCGGCGAGUCUCCAGAAGAGCCAGUGGAAGCUGAUUGACCCCGGAGCGCUGAGUCCAUGGAAUGUCAUGAGUUGGGGAGUUCGACAACUGAAGGGACUGGUGGUAGGCUCGGAUGGAGUGCCUUCGCCGAGGUUGCAGGUCCAAGAGUUAGUUUUGGUGGACAAUUUGCAGGAAGCAGCAGAUUUGGUCGUGAAGAAAGCCACGGGUGGAAAUCCGACUAAGUUGGACCUCAUAUUUACCAAAGAAAGCUUUGUUGAAGAAUUUGCCACUAUAUUACAUGCUGCGACUGAACUGUCAGACGGAGAUUUUGAUAUUCUUUUGGUCUUUCUAUCCCGCGACAGCGGCGCCAUCGCGUACGAUGGUAAGACCAUCAAGUUCAAGUCAAAAGACGAACCGGCACAAAUAACACAGCAAGAUGCCACUAUCGCCUCUAUUAAAACUUUAAUCACAACGAUAUCGAAGCAGGUUAAGAAUCUAGAGGAUAAAGCCGCGGAAUUGACGGCAUCUGCAAAGACCGCACUGACCAACAAGAACCGUAUUUCGGCACUAUCCGCGGUCAAGUCCAAGAAAAUGGUGGAGCAUAAUCUCCAACAGCGACUGAAUACGCUCAUACAGCUUGAGGACGUUUACGCCAAGAUCGAGCAAGCUGCCGGGCAGGUGGAGAUUGUGCAGGUGAUGGAGGCAAGCACCGGCGUGCUCCGUGGCAUGCACGCUCAGAUCGGUGGCGCAGAGCGUGUUGAGGAUGUGGUGGAGGAGCUUCGUGAGGAGAUGUCUAAGGUCGAUGAGAUUGGAACAAUCAUGAAUGAGGCCGGUCCCAUCAUCGACGAUGGUGAAAUCGACGAGGAGCUAGAGGCUCUGGAGAGAAGCGACAUGGAAGCACGGGAGCGGAACGAGGCGGAGGAAACUCGAAAGAAGCUUGCCGAGCUAAACAGCAUCAAACAAGCCUCGGAUGAGGCUGCUCGCCAAGCAAAGAGUGAGGAAGAUGUCGACACCCAGCUUGCGGAGAGCAUUGGCAGACUGUCCAACAUGUCUGUCGAAGAUCGCCAAUUGCCAGCAAAUUAG